AUGACGGAACAAAAGGCCCUAGUGACGCGCAUUACAAAUGAAACAAAGAUCCAGAUCGCGAUCUCUCUAAAGGGUGGUCCGCUAACGCUGGAACACUCGAUUUUUCCAGAAAAGGAGAUAGAAGCUGUCGCAGAGCAGGCUACGCAAGCGCAAGUAAUUAACGUUCAUACAGGCGUAGGAUUUCUGGACCACAUGGUACAUGCUCUGGCCAAGCAUGCCGGCUGGUCGCUAAUCGUCGAGUGCAUUGGCGACUUACACAUAGACGACCACCACACCACUGAAGACUGCGGGAUUGCCCUCGGUCAAGCUUUCAAACAGGCCCUAGGAGCCGUGCGUGGUGUAAAACGGUUUGGUACAGGAUUUGCACCCUUAGACGAGGCGCUUUCCAGGGCAGUGGUAGAUCUUUCAAACAGGCCCUACGCAGUCAUUGAACUUGGUUUGCAAAGAGAGAAGAUAGGCGAUCUCUCUUGCGAGAUGAUCCCACACUUUCUCGAGAGCUUUGCAGAGGCUAGCAGAAUCACCCUGCACGUAGACUGCCUGCGAGGCAAAAAUGACCACCACCGUAGUGAGAGCGCUUUCAAGGCUCUCGCGGUAGCCAUCAGAGAAGCGACCUCAUCCAAUGGCACAAACGAUGUGCCUUCUACUAAAGGUGUUCUUAUGUAA